AUGGCGGGCCUGCCGCGAUUGGUCCCUGCUCACGUCGCGGAGAACGUCGUUCGCCUAUACCGUGACUGUCUUCGCAUGGCAGACUACCUCACUCACUCGAGGGGCCGAGGGCCUGCCGUGCGGGAGCACAUUCGCAGCGAGUUCAGGAAGCACAUGCACGAGACAGACCCCGCCAAGAUAGCAGAGCUGAAGGAAAGUGCAACUCGCGCUCUGACUAAUUACAUGGUGUAUGAGGCAGGCAACCUGGCACGGCGAGGCAAGAUACUUCGCCCUAGAUGA